AUGUCACCAGAUCCGCUAUUAGACGAAGAUGAGCAAUAUGCGUCGUCCGAGGACUCUGACUUUGCUCCAGAUGAUGCGCCCAACCAGGCUUCCGAUCAAUCUGAUGUAGAGGAUGAAAAGGAUACGUGCGACAGAGCUACCAACAAAAGGACCCUCCCUACAGCUAAUGAGGAUGCUGCUGAUGCAGGCUACGAUAAUUCGGGCGAUGAAGCAAUCAUAAAAAGAGGCGAAAAGCGUCGUAAAAAGACGGAAGCAAGAGGGGUGCAAGAAGGCGAUGAAGGUGGUGAGGGUGGUUUGAUCAAGACCCGGAGACAGCGUGCCGCAGAGAAAGAGGAACGCAAAUAUGCCACGAACAACGAGCCGGUCACCAUCGAUGUUGAUGCGCUGUGGGCACAAAUGAUAGCCAAGCCAACUCUAGAGACCAAAGUCGACGAACCCAAUGAUGCUGAAACGGAUACCACUUCCGUAGAAAAGAAUGGAGAUGCAGUUGUACAAGAAAAAGGCGCAGCCAAUCCAGAAGGCCCUUCAGCGAUGAUACGCAUCAAGCGAACAUACAACUUCGCUGGUCGAGUCCAUACAGAGGAAAAGCUUGUCGCGCGCGACUCAGCCGAGGCAAAGCUUUAUCUUGCUUCGCAAGGCCAGGAAAUUCCAACCAAUAGUCCCGAAAAACGUGCUACAAGAAAAGCUUUCCGAUCGGCUUUUGAGCCUCAGAUGGAUCUCAUGCCCCAGCGGUCCGACCUAAACCUUGGAAUGGCGGCGCGAAUCAAAGCUGGCAAGGAGGCGCAGGCCAAGAAGCUCAACGUCGUCGAGAAGAGUCGCAUGGACUGGGCUGGCUAUGUGGACAAAGAGGGCAUCAAGGACGAGCUGGCGCUGGCUGGCAAAUCAAAGGAUUCUUACAUGGCCAGGGAAGACUUUUUGGCGAAGAGCGAGGCAUUGAGAGAGGAAGAUUCGAGACGGGCGAGACUGGCUGGGAAAGUUUUAUAG